AUGAGCGAGCCUGCUGCAAAUGCGGUCCCACCUCCCACGAAACAAAACUUGGCGGGCGUAAAGACGGUUCUCAGAUAUACUGGCAUACCCCCCUCAUGGCUUGACAAGCGGCCGAAACUUCCUUCGCGCAAUUGGCUCAUCUUCAUAGGUGUCACGUCCACAAUUGCUGGGUACUACAUUUACGACCGCCGAAAAUGCAAGGAAAUACGCCAGGAGUACGUAGACAGAGUCAAGUGUCUCGCGGAGGUUCCCUUGCAUAGCCUUGAUUACCCACGCAAGGUUACUGUGUAUGGCUCGAAGUGGCCGGGAGACGAGGACCAUGGCCGUAGCAUAAAAUACUUCCGCAAGUACGUGAAGCCCAUUCUUGUUGCAGCUGCCGUCGACUAUGAAAUUAUCAGCGGGAAGCGACAUGGCGAACUCAUGAACCGGAUUGCAGAUGACAUCAAGCGACGACGGAGGAUUGAAGCGGGGCUGGAUCAGCCUCCUCUCACACCAAUGGUCUUGCCAAAUACAUCUCCGGAGGACAAGCGUCGGAGAGAGCUUGAUGGCGGUGUGGUCAUUGUUGGUCGUCCGACUUUCAAAGAAUACAUGGCGGGACUGAAGAAGGGUUGGACGGAGGGACUCGAACUCGUCGAUCGCGAAGAGGCGCUGUCUCGUAGGCUCGAGUCCGACGGUAGGUUUGAUGAGCCAGAGCCAGAGCCCGACCUUGCUAGCGCAAGCGAAGGAGACACCGAUGAUGAGCCUAUCCCAACCGCAUCCCGUCUCCCACCAUCUAAACCAUUUACUGCAUUCAUGCCCCCACAUCUCCAAAAAUCCGCGCCCCCGCAGCCUUCACAGUCACAUCAGGGCCCGACAAUCCCCCCUCACUUGAAUGCGCCACCAGCGUCAAUCCCCCAGCAGCCGCCCAUCCUGUUCGUGCAUUUCGUUAACUACAUCGGGCUUACCCAGAUUCCCCACAUGAUAUGGGAAUUCUUCAACGAACGUUACAAGGUGCGCGCAGGUGCAGAAGCCGCAUACCGACUGAUCUCGGGCACUACUCGUCCGUUUAUCGGCCCUGUGGCCGACGCUCUGCAUGAGGAGGCGGAUGGCACGUCACCCGCAAAACCGCACUUGUCCGAGGUCACGCCUGACGAUCUCGAGUUCGACAAGGACACCGAAUCAUAUUACAAGAAGUCCAUUGUGCGCUCUUUCGCCUCCGAGAUCGAGAAGGCACGAACGGAGUACUACGCCGGCCUUCCCGCGAAGCUAGAGACAGCACGGGCUUUGGCACGAGGCACUCGGGAACCUACGAAGGACGAGCAGAGCUUUCCGCCCCCGACCGAGGUCGAGUUGCGUGCAGAGCGGAUGAAAAAAGAGCUGCGCUGGCAGGCCGACGAGGUUGGGUGGGAUAUAAUAAAACCCGAGCGGAACGUUGCUUGGGAUGAGAGGUUUAGAAACGCGAUGUCGACAUUCGCCGAUCCUCCAUCCGACAAGGCAGACGUGGUGCGCGAUGAUCGUACAUCAUAA